AUGGCGUCGAGUUCGGAUGAAGGCGAGAUCAUCGAGAAUGGCGCUGAAGAUUUGAAGGCAACUUCACUGCAGCACACUGGACGAAGCAGUGUUGACCGUCAAGACAGACACAAAAGUAGACUUUCGACUCCGGACCACGACUCGGCUUCCAGGCAAAGCAACACCCCGCGACGAAGCAACUCACCCCGUGGUUCCAAGCGACCCUACGACGACAGGGAAAAGGAGAGGGACCGAGACUACUAUGGUUCGAGGCAUGACUCGGGACACUAUCGCUCUCACUACGAGGAUUCUCGACGCGACGAUAAUCGAAGGCCUCGCGGCCUGUACGACGACCUCGACCGACCUGCAUCACGCGCAUCCAAUUACAGCUACGAUGGCCGCGACCGGAGUCGGGAACGAGAUCACUAUCGCGACAAGGAUCGGGACUGGUAUGCGAACAAGCGCCCGCGAAACAGGAGCCGUUCUCCCCAUCGAUCCCGCCGCGCCGACAGGGGCAGGUUCGACCGCUUCGUGAGAGAAGGCCAGUACGAUCGUCGAGACGACGCAUCCGGAGAGCUCAAGUAUGAUGAUGACCGUGGUUCGCGGAAUGGCGGUUCUGUGUCCAAGAGGACGACUGUAGGAGAGGCUUCACGCGCCCAGCGACAUGAUGCUAAACCAGACAAAGGCCUUUCAAAUGGAAAUGGCCCCUCCCGGAGUUCCCUUAGGCAAACCCUGGCUCAGUCGGAACCCGAACGGAAGCACGAACCGGAGCCUGAGCCUGACUACGAGGAACCUGAGCCCAUUGACGAAGAGGCCGAGAUCGAGCGACGACGGAAGCGGCGAGAGGAGAUUUUGGCCAAGUCCAGCUCGGCGACUCCCCUUCUCCUUCAUGCCGUGGGUGCUGCGGCGAACAAGGCCCGCGCAUCAUCUCCCGCAUCGACUUUGCCCGAUACGCCCAUGAGAACGCAGUCAGAGAUUGCCACUCCUCGCACUCCUCGAUCGAACCUAGCAUCACCACGCUCACCCGGGUCCCACGAUGAGCCAUCGCCCGGUGGUAUCAACCUCCUCGACGACAUAGAGUUGAUGAACACUCAUGGAAAGACUCAAGUGGAUGACGAGGAUGGUCCCUCUGCGGCCGAUUAUGACCCAACUGGGGACAUGCAAGAGGAUGAACGACGAGGUGAACUUAAACAUGGACACGUCGUACUUCAUGGUGAGCAUCAUCCUACUGCAGCCGAACAACCACAGGAAGAAGUACAGGAAAAGCCGUCUGAAAAGGCUGGCGAUGAAGACGAAGAUGGCGACUUUGACAUGUUUGCCGAAGACUUUGACGAGGACAAGUACGCAACAAAGCCUGUUGAACCUCUGGCACCCGCACAGGGCGACGGUGCAGCUCCUGAUGUUCAGGCCGUUGUCAAGGGAGGUAUUCUCGAAGGCGACGACAAGGAUGGAUAUUACAAGAUUCGUAUCGGUGAGGUCCUGAACGGUCGAUAUCAGAUUCAGUCUGCACUAGGAAGGGGCAUGUUCUCGGGCGUGGCCCGAGCUGUCGACAUUACCACGAAGCAGCUUGUUGCCAUCAAGAUGAUGCGUAACAACGACGCCCUCCGAAAGGGAGGUUACACUGAGAUUGCCAUCCUCGAGAAGCUCAACGACGCCGACCCUGAGAAUCGAAAGCACAUCAUCAAGUUUGAGCGCCAGUUCGACUACAAGGGCCAUCUGUGUAUGGUGUUUGAGAACUUGAGCAUGAACCUGCGAGAAGUGCUGCGCAAGUUUGGAAACAACGUGGGCAUCAACCUUGGGGCGACGCGAGCGUAUGCGUACCAGAUCUUUGUUGCUCUGGCACAUAUGCGGAAGUGCAGUAUCAUCCAUGCUGAUCUCAAGCCCGACAACAUUCUGGUGAAUGAGAGCCGCAACGUGCUCAAGAUCUGUGACUUGGGAACAGCCAUCGACAAGUCUGAUGCAGCAACGGCGCAUAUGGACAUUACGCCGUACCUUGUCAGUAGAUUCUAUCGAGCGCCAGAGAUUAUUUUGGGAAUCCCCUACGACUACUCGGUCGACAUGUGGUCCAUCGGCUGCACCCUGUACGAGUUGUACACAGGCAAGAUCUUGUUCACCGGAGACAGCAACAACCAGAUGCUCAAGGCCAUUAUGGAGAUCCGAGGCAGGUUCACGCCGAAACUGUUCAAGCGAGGUCAACUGGCGGGUGUUCAUUUCGACGACAAGGGGCAAUUCGUCAGCGUCGAGCGUGACAAGGUUCUCGGAAAGACUACCGUUCGGACCAUGGCUGUGGUGAAACCCACACGCGACCUGCGGACGAGGCUCAUGGCCGCCUCGGGAGGUAUGAACGACGCCGAGACUAGGGAUCUGAACCAUUUCAUCGACCUCCUUGAGCACUGUCUCACACUCAACCCGGACAAGAGGAUCAAACCUGCAGAUGCGCUACGCCAUCCCUUCUUUACCUCGCGAGCGGGGCAUGUACGGCGGUGAAGCAGACGGGAGGAAUCGUGAAUGACGAGAGAUGGCUUGUUUUGGAGAAGUUGAUUGUAAAACAUGUGGAUCGUAGGAAAACAAAGACUGGGUGGGUAGACUUGGCUAGAUUAUUAGACGAACAAAGGGAGGCUCUUUGGUUCACAAGUGAAUGGUUACAAACUUGGUC